ACAGAGAGAGAGAGAAAACGCAUCUCUGUGGGAGAUCACACCACAUUAUGCUGAGAAGCUUGAGGAGGAAAAGGAAAGGGCCAGAUUCUGCAAACCUAUACAAGCUGGUGUAAAUCUUUGGCAAGUGACCAGUGGGCAGCAAACACAUGCUGUAAACUUGGAAGUUUAUACAUGUGGCUGCAGAAAGUGGGACCUGAUUGGCAUACCAUGCAACCAUGCAAUAUCAGCAAUUAACAAGGCAAAAAGAUUUCCAGAGGACCAUGUCUGCAAUUUCUUCAAAAAACCUUUUUACCUUGCUGCAUAUGAACCAAUGAUAUAUCCAGUUCCUGGUGAACAUGAUUGGACAAGGACAAGUGGACCAGACAUAGAGCCACCCAAAUUUCAUGUGAAGAAGGGGAGAAGGAAAGAGAAGAGAAUAAAGGGCAGAUUUGAGGUUCCAAAACCAAAUGACAGUUCAAGAAUGGCCACUAUAACAUGCAGCAACUGUGGGCUCCAAGGCCAUAGGUACACAAACUGCAAGCAACAGUUGCGACCAAAGUUGGCUAUGAGGAAAAUCAAGCAUGUGGCACCUGCAAGAUCAAGGAAUGAAGAUACUCCAUCAGGAUCACAACAGCCACCAACAAGAUCUGCUAGUGCAAGAUCUGCUACUGCAAGAUCUGCUAGUGCAAGAUCUGCUACUGCUAGAUCUGCUAGUGCAAGAUCUGCUACUGCUAGAUCUGCUACUGCAAGAUCUACUUCAAGAUCUGCUAGAGUGUCAGCUAGUGCAAGUGCAAGAUUUGCAAGGCCUUUCACUGCCCCAAGAUUUGCUGCAGGAGCUUCAUCUUCUGGUCCUUCUACUUCUGGUGCUCCUUCAAGUGUCCCAGGGAAUUAUACUCGCUCAAUGUCAUUCUUUACUGCCAGUGGCAACACUUGAGUGAGAGAAUGUUGCUAUUUUGGUCUGAUGGAAUACCAGAAGAUGUGAACUAAGUUAGUUGUGCUACAAAACUGAUGUAUGUUCUAAUGGAGUACUAAGUUGAGUCUGAUGUGAACUAAGUUAUUUGUGCUACAAACCAUGUAUUCUCUGGUCAUUUGUGGACAUAUCAUGCUCCUA